CACGUGCGGUUGGGUAAUACCACUUGUAAAGUAUUGACUUGUAAACAAGGGUAAGCAAAGGAAGCGCCGGCUUUGUUAAUUGGACCCACCUGCAGUCAGACGGUAAUACAAUUGCCAUAUCAUAAACAAACGAACGUAAACAAGUGGCGGACGUUUGUGUGAGCUUCACUCUCGUCGGAUGACGGCGGACCUGAGUGUAAGCUGUUCGGGCAUAAAAAAGGGUUGUGAUUGGUCGGAAGUUCCCGUUCCAAAAUCCCUUAAAUUGCGGGCUGAACGAGAGGGAAAGAGAGAAGGGCAAGAGACUGAUACACGGUUGUCUCAGGCACUUGGGAAGCCCGCUGAGCGUAAAGAGAGAGUGUUCUCCUCUGUUAAUCUUAUCAGGGACGGGUUAGUGCUGAGACCGGACCGACCGUGCAGUUGAGCCGACUCCAAAAGCUGACUGAGGUCUCCCCCAAGAGUAUUAGUUUCCAGACGCCAAUCUGGCACGUGAAUUCAUCACCCAUGAUCUUCCUGUACAUAUACUAUGUUUAUAACUUGUACAAUUGUAAAUAAACUAUAUAUAUAUUCAAUUUGAGUGUGGAGGUGUACUUUCCGACGAACCUGAUUCACCGCAUUGAGUUGUGAUACACAAGAAACCAACCCAACGAGGCGGAGUUGGGAAGGAACAUUUUCAAUAAGAUCUUCACUGGCGCAGUCUUCGGCAGGAUAGUCUUGCAACUCUUCAGGAGAUUCUCGCAAGAAGACAGGGAAGUACUGAGCCCACAUUCAAGGACUUAAGAAGAAAGAAAACAGCGCAGGACACUUACAAAAGGAAGAGCAGCCGGAAAUCGAGGCGGAACGCAGCUAUUGGUAAGUUGUUCUUAAUUAUUCGUAUUCAGAAUGCCGGGACGCGGAAGGACUCAAGGGUCAAAAAAGGGAAUGUCGUGUUCCAAGGAUCUGGGAGGUCGGACUGGUUUUAGUCAAUCCCAGGAAAUGGAUACGGAGUCGGAAAGGGAAAUCUUAGAGGUCGAGGUCAUGGAUAACCAGAAUAAAAUAGAGGGACAGAUAGAGUCAGACAAUGUAGAGAAAUUACGCCUACGAAUUAGGCUAGCUGAAAUAGAAUCUAAAAACAAGGAAAUGGACGUUAGAAAAAGUGAAAUUGAGAUGGAAAUUAGAAAAAGCGAAAUAGAAUUAGAAAGAGAUUGGUUACGAAAUGACUCCAGGGCUAGUAAUAACUCUGAGCUAGGGGGUAACUUGGAUAGUCUAGCUAGGAAAAUCAGAUGGGCUUUACCCAAAAUGCCGGACAAGGAGGCGGAAGUACCUUCAUGGUUCCGUGCUGUGGAAGUUGUAUUACAAACAUACGACGUACCGGAAGAGCUUCAGGGACAAUUAGUUUUAACGGUAUUAUCUGAGAAAUGCAAAACAGCUUUAAGUAGACUCACGGCAAAUGAAAUCAGAGACUACGAAACUUUAAAACAAUUCGUGCUGGACGAAUUAAAGUUGUCUGCUGCAGAGUACCUUAAGGAGUUCACUUCCUCCGAAAAGGGAAGUAGGGAAACAUGGCCCCAAUUCGCGGCUAGGAUGGAAGACCUUUAUCGGUACUAUUUGAAUAGUAGAGGCGUAGAUUCCUUCGAAAGAUUGACGAAGCUAGUUGUUUCUGAUCAUCUUAAGACUAAGCUAGAUGCCGACACUAGGUCUUAUGUUUUGUUGCAAGAGGGUAAGGGUUGGUUCCCGCCGGAUGAGAUAGCCAGAUACGCUGAGAAGCACGUGGAGGCUGUAGGAAAGGGAGAAUUUAGAUGUAAAUCUGAGAGAGGUAAAAAAGUACCGUACCGCGACCGGUAUACGGAAGCGAGAACCACCGAGAAACCGGUAGAGGCGACUGCGAACAAUAGGGAAGAGAGGGAGUCUAAAAUCAAAUGCUUCACAUGCGGCUUAGUGGGACAUUUUAGCAGAAAUUGCCCUCGGAGGCGUAUUAAGGAAGAAAGGUCGAAACCCAAGGCAACGCGAGCAGUUAAAGUAGACGAAACUGUAAGACCCAGCGACCAGCUAAUCGCCAGAGUGAAUAUUGAUGAGGACGCAAUCAAUGAGAACAUACCUGCUAGCGCUAGCAAAAACGUUGAGCUUGCUUGUCAGGAUCGUCAGUUUUCUGCGAUAGUGGAUACCGGAGCAGAAAUAACGGUAAUCAGGAAGGCUCUGAUACCCGAUCACAUGUCUCGUGCUGCGGGAAAGAUAAGGCUGAUCGGUGCGUUCGGACAACAGGUAACUGCGGCCUUGGUUACCAUUCCUGUCAGCUUGAAAAGACGGUCGGACAGAAAAGAAGCAGAUUAUACCCCAGUUCUAAUAACUUGCGCCCUAACUGAUGAGCUUAGCGGUACCACGGAUGCAUUAAUUUCCGCAGCCGAUUAUUGCUCUUUGGAGGAGGCUAAGCGGGCUGAGACGNCGGUAUUAUCUGAGAAAUGCAAAACAGCUUUAAGUAGAGUCACGGCAAAUGAAAUCAGAGACUACGAAACUUUAAAACAAUUCAUGCUGGACGAAUUAAAGUUGUCUGCUGCAGAGUACCUUAAGGAGUUCACUUCCUCCGAAAAGGGAAGUAGGGAAACAUGGCCCCAAUUCGCGGCUAGGAUGGAAGACCUUUAUCGGUACUAUUUGAAUAGUAGAGGCGUAGAUUCCUUCGAAAGAUUGACGAAGCUAGUUGUUUCUGAUCAUCUUAAGACUAAGCUAGAUGCCGACACUAGGUCUUAUGUUUUGUUGCAAGAGGGUAAGGGUUGGUUCCCGCCGGAUGAGAUAGCCAGAUACGCUGAGAAGCACGUGGAGGCUGUAGGAAAGGGAGAAUUUAGAUGUAAAUCUGAGAGAGGUAAAAAAGUACCGUACCGCGACCGGUAUACGGAAGCGAGAACCACCGAAAAACCGGUAGAGGCGACCGCGAACAAUAGAGAAGAGAGGGAGUCUAAAAUCAAAUGCUUCACAUGCGGCUUAGUGGGACAUUUUAGCAGAAAUUGCCCUCGGAGGCGUAUUAAGGAAGAAAGGUCGAAACCCAAGGCAACGCGAGCAGUUAAAGUAGACGAAACUGUAAGACCCAGCGACCAGCUAAUCGCCAGAGUGAAUAUUGAUGAGGACGCAAUCAAUGAGAACAUACCUGCUAGCGCUAGCAAAAACGUUGAGCUUGCUUGUCAGGAUCGUCAGUUUUCUGCGAUAGUGGAUACCGGAGCAGAAAUAACGGUAAUCAGGAAGGCUCUGAUACCCGAUCACAUGUCUCGUGCUGCGGGAAAGAUAAGACUGAUCGGUGCGUUCGGACAACAGGUAACUGCGGCCUUGGUUACCAUUCCUGUCAGCUUGAAAAGACGGUCGGACAGAAAAGAAGCAGAUUAUACCCCAGUUCUAAUAACUUGCGCCCUAACUGAUGAGCUUAGCGGUACCACGGAUGCAUUAAUUUCCGCAGCCGAUUAUUGCUCUUUGGAGGAGGCUAAGCGGGCUGAGACGAAUGAACGGUUACAAUCAGUCGUGAAUGAGAUUAUUAUAGAGCGCGAUGCAAGCCCGAUGGCUGACGGUGAGGACAGUAUCGAGAGUUCAGACGUAAGCGACGAAAGCAAACGAUCACUCCAUGAGGCGCAGGUUAGGUUAGGUUAG